GCAGCACUGGGUCAGAGCCUCGGCUACCCGCCCAGGUUCAGCCUCUCUGCCUCCGGACCGGUAGGACUGGCAGCCUGGGGAGCUGCAGGGCUCACCUUCGCGCCCCGCCCUGCUCUCCUUGCCCCGCCCUCCUCCUGCAGGAAGGACCCCCAUUUCUCUUCUACCCCUGUGCCCCCCACCUCGCUGACGCCACAAAGACCGUUCCCGCGACGUUGUCGCCCCAGCUCCACGGCGCACUCCCAGCCUCUCCACCGCCAGGAGUCCUGGCGCCCAGAGCCCCUCGACGCAUCUUCCUACCUCGAACACCGCCCUGUCUCAGGGCGACCACACUGACCUGGGGACUCUGCAUGAGCCACAAGGACGGAGUGACAACUCCUGAGAUUAGGCGCCUGAGCCCCAGGAUACCUAGGCACCCAGUCACUGGAGUGCAUUCGGAGUGCAUUUGGCUGCACAAACUGUGGGACUCUGUGGUUUAGGGAUGUGGAGGAGAGCCGGGGCAGCCCUUGAAGUUUAAAGGUUCAAAUCCUCCUCUGACCCUCCCAGCAAAGACUCCCACGCCCCGGCAAGUAGAAGGAAAAGCCUGUGGGUCUCUACUGGACAGGACUGCAUGGAAACCCAGGAACCAUGGAUGCUGUGGAACUGGCCAGAAAGCUGCAAGAGGAAGCCACGUGCUCCAUCUGCCUCGACUAUUUCACAGACCCUGUGAUGACCGCCUGUGGCCACAACUUCUGCCGCACCUGCAUCCAAACAAGCUGGGAGAAGGUGAAAAGCAAGAAGGGGAGAAGGAGGCAGAAGGGGGUCUUCCCUUGCCCCGAGUGCAGGGAGAUGUCGCCCCAGCGGAACCUGCGGCCCAACCGUCUGCUGACCAAGGUGGCCGAGAUGGCAAGACAGCACCAUGGGCUGCAGGAGCGGGACCUGUGCCCAGCACACCAGGAGCCCAUCAAGCUGUUCUGCCUGGAGGACCAGAGCCCCAUCUGUGUCGUGUGUAGGGAGGCGCGGGAGCACCGGGAGCACAGGGUGUUGCCUGUGGAGGAGGCCCUUCGGGAGUACAAGUUGAAGCUGGAGGAGAACAUGUGUCACCUGCGGGAGGAAGUGAGAAAGACAGAGAAGCUACAAGCCAAGGAGGAGCAGACCUUAGCCCAGUGGCAGGACAGAGUGAAGGACCGGAGGGAGAGGAUUAUGGUGGAGUUUGAGAAAGUGGCCCUGUUCCUGGCAGAGGAGGAGCAGAGACUCCUCCAGGCCCUGAAGAGGGAGGAGGAAGAGACAGCAGUGCAGCUUCGAGACAGCAAGGCCACCCUAGACCAGCAGCGCCGCUCCCUGGACUUGCUACUGAUGCAGCUUGAGGAUCAGAGCCUGCGGGAGCCUGUACAGAUGCUUCAGGAUAUGAAGGACACCCUGGGCAGGAAGCACAGCUUGAGCGUGCAGUGUCCAGAGGUGGCUGUCCCCACGGUGAUCAAGACUAUAUGCAGGGUUCCUGGACAGAGAGAUGUGCUCAGAGGCUUCCAAGAGGAAGUGGUGCCAGACCCCACCUCGGCAUACCCCUAUCUCCUCCUGUAUGAGAGCCGCCAACGGCGCUACCUCAGCUCCCUGCCUGAGGCCAGCACUGCCUGCAGCAGGGACCGGUUCCUGGCCUACCCCUGUGCCGUGGGCCAGCAGAGCUUCUCCUCAGGAAAGCACUACUGGGAAGUGGGCAUGAACCUCCUUGGGGAUGCACUCUGGGCCUUGGGAGUGUGCAGAGACAAUGUGAGCCGGAAGGAAAGAGUGCUCAAGUCCCCCGAAAAUGGGUUCUGGGUGAUACAGCUGUCCAAGGGGAAGCAGCCAUCAUCCCCAGUGCCCACCACCAUGCCUGUCACACUGAUUGAGCCUCCCAGCCAUGUAGGCAUCUUCCUGGACUUCGAGGCUGGUGAGGUGUCCUUCUACAAUGUGAAUGAUGGGUCCCACUUGCACACCUACUCCCAGGCUGCCUUCCCUGGGCCUCUGCAGCCCUUCUUCUGCCUGGGAACACCCAAGUCCGGCCAGAUGGUCAUUUCCACAGUGACCAUGUGGGUGAAGGGGUAGAGGCUUGGUGCAGCAGGAGUCCUCUGUUGCACACAGGGCACUUCCUCCACAGAAUCACAAUUAAAGUGGUCAAAUGUUGGGAUCAGAUUGGCAGUGCUUUGUAAAGGGAACUGGAAAGAAAGGCAACCACUCCUAAUGGGUCAGAUCUCCAAAUGCACAGCUGUACCCCCAGCACAGUGUGGCCUAGCUGUUUGUUUUGCCACACUGGAGACUGAACUCAAGUUUUUGCACUGAGCUACAUUUCAUUUUUAUUUUGUAUUUUGAGACAGAGCUUAAGUCACUAAAUUGUCCAGGCUAGGCCUGAAUAGGCCUCAGCUUUGCCUCAGCUUUUCAGAGUGCUGGAUUAUAUGCACACCAUGGCCCUAGCACAGUGUGGCCUUUUUUUUUUUUAACCUCUGCCUCCUGCCUCAACUUCUUGGUUCCUGGUUCCCCUGGCGCCCUCCUCUGACUACCUGAGAGGCUUAACUCUAAAAAGCCACGCCUGGUUCCUCCCAGCUCCUAGAAGUUGUACGUGAGGAGUAAAAUCCAAAGGACAGGGAGAAUUUGGGAGUCGCCUCUCCUCGGGCUCCAGCAUAUUUUCCUAACAUCUCCACUCCAAGUUCUUGCUCCCAGCACCCCAAAAGUCCGAUCUAAUAUGUACUGCUUUCCCAGGCGAGGAGGCCUCACUGACAGAAUCGUAGCCCCACAGCCCCGGCCCGGUCCCCAGGUCGCGCAGGUGUCAAAGGGCCCGGAUCCUUCAGGGCGCGGCAGGGAAGGUGAAGGAAGACGGCUGGGGCUGGCCCAGCUCCUGCUGUCGCUAAGGACCCCCGUCGCCCGCCCCCGACCCCCGACGCGCGCUCGCGCUCCGCCUGCCCCGCGCCGCGUUACCCGCCACAACCAAUCCGAG